AUGGAUGCAAAGCCCCAAAGACCCCAACGCCCUUUGCGCGUCCAUGACGAAAACGCUCUUCCUUCGCAUCCAGUCACAGCCAAGGGUACUCACCAGCGCAACAAGUCAUCCACCACCCUACCUACCCUGAUGCAGAACGGUGCUGUGCGUGCGGGUGCCAAGCGUGCUGUCUUCGCCGAUGUGAGCAACACCAUCAGGACAGCUCCUCUGGCAGAUGAUGCUGUGAAGGCACAUGACAAUGGCAAGGCAGCAGCCAUUUACCUCGACCCUCUUGUGCUUUCAAAGCCUGCUCAGAAGCCUCUCGCUGUCAAGAACAUCACUACCUCUAUUGCGCCUACCACUGCCCUGCCUACCAUCAGCAAAGUUCAACCCAAGAAGAGUGCACCUGUUCUCAGAGACUUGGCUGCGCCCAUUACCGACGAGUCUGACGAGAUAGAACCUGCACCCGAGGCAACUCUCGACGUCGUCAAGGAUCAACAAGUCACUGUUGUCGACGAUACUAGGGAGGAGAGUGCUGUUGGAGCUGUCCAGCCGCCUCAAGUCCUCGCUAGCCAGGAGGCAGCCAUCGUGGAUACCAACGCAUUGGAGCAGUUCGCGCCGGAGACCGAGGAGAAGGUUGUCGUAUUAAGUCAGUCGUUGAUCACUGUCAACGACGAUGAAUACGACGAAGAUUAUGAAGAGGAACUCUACGAAGGAAGUCAGACAGUGACGCGAGGUGGUGUCACAGACAACACGACCGGUGGAGCCACGGUUGUGUUGUGCCCGAAGCAUACUGCCAAGACACUGAGAGAGAUCGAAGAGGCCAGGCAAGUCGUCGAGAGCACACGUACCGCCGAGGACAUUGAGGACGAUCAAUGGGAUACAUCAAUGGUAGCCGAGUAUGGUGAUGAAAUCUUUGAGUACAUGCGCACUCUCGAGGUAUGUCCGAUUCCUGUUACUUCUGUCAACUACAUCGACCGGUUCCUUUCCUGCAAGGUCAUCUCACUAGGCAAGCUGCAGCUCGUCGGUGCCACUGCCAUCUUCCNNCUUGCCGCCAAGUACGAGGNNGAAGUCAAUUGCCCCUCGGUCCAGGAAGUGGUUUAUAUGGUUGAUGGAGGCUAUACCCAGGAUGAGAUUCUCAAGGCUGAGCGUUACAUGCUCAGUAUGCUCUCCUUUGAGCUUGGCUGGCCUGGUCCCAUGAGUUUCCUGCGCCGCAUCAGCAAGGCCGACGAUUACGACCUCGAGACCAGAACCUUGGCAAAGUACUUCCUGGAAAUUACUAUCAUGGACGAACGCUUCGUUGGCUGUACGCCGAGUUUCCUGGCUGCAGGCGCCCACUGCCUUGCCCGCCUGAUGUUGCGCAAAGGCGAAUGGACUCAGGCCCACGUCUACUACUCCAACUACACCUACGCACAGAUUCGUCAACUCUUGGCUGUAAUGGUUGAGUGUUGCGAGGCUCCUGAUGUUCACCACAACGCUGUUUUCCACAAGUACCAGGACCGCCGCUUCAAGCGUGCAUCUCUCUUCGUCCAGACUGAGAUGAAGAAGGGGUUCAAGCUUCCUGCCUACCAGCGUGCCACCUCUCUCGGUUACAAA